AUGAUACCUAGCGACAGCAUCUUGGCUAGUUUUGGGGCUGACAGAAGUGUGCAAGAGGAUUGUGUAUCCGUCUGUGUGCUCUUAUGUAAUCUUCAUAUCUCUGAUAAUGUUAUACAGUGUGAGGAACCUUUUGCCUCAGGCUUCCGCUUCAACGAGAAUUCCAGGAGCCACACUGCCUGCCUCCUACUACCGCCUCACACCAUAACCUCCACGCCACCAGCUCCACCUCCGAAUCCACCUCCAGCGCCACCGGCCGACUCCUCCUCCAAUAGCAUUUCCUCCGAAAGCCACCGCCGCAAAAUCCACCACAGCGCCUCCAUUUCCUCACGAUCCACCGCCGACUGCGCCACCUCCUCCGAAAUUCCUCAAAGAGUUCAGGCUCCUCCACCUCCUCCACCUCCACCUCCGCGUCCUCCGUAUCCCGUCAGCCAUCGCCGUCGGAACACCACAAGGCUUCACUUAUCACCAUGUAGAAAUGAAUUCCACCGCUUAUUAUUACCUUACAGCUUCCGAUUAUAA